AGCUGCUACACUUUGCUACUCUUUCUUGCUUUAUGCACCCUUUUGUCCUUGUCUUCUUCUUCUUCUUCGACGUUGAGAAUUGGGACUAAAUUUUCGAGGCCAGCACACUCCCCUCUCCCUUCUCCCCCAAACCCAAAAGAGAAAAUCGAAAAAAGUCGGAAACUUUUUGCUGAAAAUGGUCGUGUUUCUGAGACUUGCGAUGCUCCUUUGGAUAUGCAUUUGCGAUGGAGUUUGUCGUUCAUGCGCUGUCGCCUCAUCAUCUUCGUCGCCAGCUAUGUGCCGUUCUCCUUCACCCCAAUCCAACCCUCCUUUUCUUACUCAUCUGCUUUCUCAGUGCCAUCUUUCCUAUUACCGUCCCAACUUCCCCGUUGAGAUGAAUGGAGACUCCCGCGAGAGAGCCCUAAGUUCCAAAUCAGGGAACACAUAUACUGCUGUGCUUUUCUAUGCCUCCUGGUGUCCAUUUUCACAGGAUGCCCUUUCAGCCUUUGAAGUCUUGGGUUCCUUGUAUCCUGAAAUUGAUCAUUUAGCCGUUGAACAAUCUUCAACCGUGCCAAGCUUGUUUUCAAGAUAUGGCAUACAUAGCUUACCAGCUAUAAUAAUUGUGAGCCAAAAGUCCAGGACCCGUUUUCGUGGUUCUAAAGAUCUAGACUCCCUUAUCAAAUUUUACAAGAAAACCACUGGACAUGAACCAGUUCAAUACAUUGCUGUGGAUCAGUCUGGCAAUUCAGGAAGUGGUGGAAAGUCCAUGGUGGUAUCGCGAUGUGGGUCAUCUGCAAAGGAAACGUUGACAAGAGAGCCCUACUUAUUUUUCUCUGUGUUAUUCCUUUCUUUACGAGUGAUGGUGUACGUGUGCCCAAAAUUUCUUUUUCAUUCAAGAAAUCUCUGGGUAUCUUUCCGCCCCCAUUUGAAUUUGGAAAUUUUUGGAGGGACAAGCGAAAUCUUAGGGAUGACUGAUUUCAAGAGAGUUUGGACCAAGAUUAGAUUGUGUAAUCACAGGAAUUUCCACCUGGGUGCAAGCAAUGCAAGAGUGUUCGCUUCGUCUUUCGCUUCCGUCUCCUUGGGUGAAACUUCGCUAUCUAAAUUGUGAUCUUGAGGUAAAUUUGAUCUCACUUUUACUGUGAAAAUAUUCAUAAACUCUAUAGAGUGACACCAAAAGGUUUUAUAGGUAAGAGUUACUUUGUCUUUUGUUUUCAUCUAACCACCAUCCCAAAGUUGUGAGCAAGGUGGGAGUGGAUGGAUGGCCUUGUAAAUCAGAAAAGUUGUGAGCAAGGUGGGAGUGGAUGGAUGGCCUUGUAAAUCAGAAAUAGCUAUGUAAAUUAUGUUGAAAGAAACAUUUUAAUAUGGUAGAGUCGUGAAACAUGACAAUGGUAAAGAAACACUUUUGUAUCCA